AAAUGUAAGGUCUAUGGAACAUGUCCCUUUCACUCUUGGGAUUUUUCCUUUAAUGAAUAAGAAAGAAUGGGCUCAAAACCAAAAUAAGCCCAUUCAAGAGAUCAAUGAGCCCAAUUGUUUGAAAGCAAAUAUUGGGGUGAUUUGUUAACUUUCCAAGAAAAACACGGGCUUUUCAGCAAAACAACUCGAAAAAUUGAAGAGAAGAUCCGGGUUUUAGAUAACUGCCCCAAAUUGGCAAUCCAAAUCCCUAAAACCAUCUUAUCCUCUCUUUCCAAAUCUAGCCGCAAUGUAGUCCCGUGAACCACAAAAAAGAUGAGAUCUUGCACGUCUCUGUCAUCACAACUAGUACUACUAAUUGUGAAGCAUACAAAAAAGACCGACCCUUAUUUAUACACGCACACAUAUUAACAUAUUUAUACUACUAGUAUAUAAGUUAAGGGUUUAAGCCUCUUCUCUUCCUUCUUUCUCUUAGCCAUCACAUCGAUAAUGGCUUCUCUUCUAACAAAACCCAAACCCGUUUUCCUCUGUUCACCAUCGUUAUCUCCAAGAACUUUGAACACAGCAACACCGUCAUUGAAUUUCACCAGAAUUUCAUUCACCCAUCACCAAAAGCUUGCUCCUUUCAAGCCUCCUAGUCUCGUUGUUGCAUUCUCUGAAAAGGGUUUGAAGAGAGAUGUCACCACAGCUGCUGCAGCGACGGAGGGAGAUUACAGAAGGAUAAUGUUAUCUGAUGUGUUGGUGAAGAAGAAGGAAAAAGUAGUUUGGUGGGAGAGAGAAUGGAAAGCUAUGGACUUUGGAGCUGUUGCUGUCGUUUUGUCUAUGCAUUUGCUUAGUCUUUUGGCUCCGUUUCAAUUCAAUUGGAGAGCUGUUUCGGUUGCUUUUGGGCUUUAUAUCGUUACAGGUCUUCUGGGGAUUACUCUGUCUUUCCAUAGGAAUCUUUCUCAUAAAGCCUUCAAGCUACCUAAAUGGCUUGAGUACUUGUUUGCUUAUUGUGGAGCUCAAGCUCUUCAGGGAAACCCAAUUGAUUGGGUGAGUACACAUAGGUACCAUCAUCAGUUUUGUGAUUCAGACAGAGACCCUCAUAGCCCACUUGAUGGGUUUUGGUUCAGUCACAUGAAUUGGAUGUUUGAUACCAAUACAAUCACCCAAAGGUGUGGAGAGCCUAAUAAUGUUGGGGACUUGGAGAAGCAGCCAUUCUAUCGAUUCCUUCGAACCACCUACAUUUUGCAUCCGCUGGCUCUAGCGGUUGCUUUAUACGCAAUGGGUGGCUUUCCAUUCAUCGUUUGGGGAAUGGGUGUAAGAAUAGUAUGGGUAUAUCAUAUAACUUGGCUAGUGAACUCAGCUUGUCAUGUAUGGGGAAAACAAGCAUGGAACACAGGCGAUUUGUCUAAGAACAACUGGUGGGUAGCAGCUCUAGCAUUCGGGGAAGGAUGGCACAACAAUCACCAUGCUUUUGAGUUCUCAGCUCGACACGGCUUAGAAUGGUGGCAACUUGAUAUGACUUGGUACGUCGUUAAGUUCCUUCAAGCCAUCGGUUUAGCAACUGAUGUCAAGCUCCCAUCGGAAGCUCAGAAACAAAGAAUGGCAUUCACCAGCGACUGAUCUUAAAAAACUACAUGGUUAUGCCUAAAGUCAAAACUGUCGGUUCGAUUGAAGCUAUGAAGGUUUUAAAAAAGGAUUUUGUUCUGCUUUUUUGUGUUUACUUAAAGGUAUAUAUCUGUGCAAGAGAUUGUAUGUGACAAACUGAUUAUGAAUAAUAUCUAUAAUUACAUUCAAUACAAAAGGAAGC